AGAGGCGCUCUUUAAUUCCCUUGCAGGAAUUGAGCGCAGCUGCUCGUGACGAAGCUGCUGCUGCUGCUGCUGCGCUUCUCUCACCGACCGUCCUCCUACACCGUCCGCUUCCUCCUCCUCAGCGGUGCUUUACUCUGCGUGCUUCUCCAUCCAAACACCCCGUUGGAGCCUCACAAUGUUCGGCGAAGCCUUUGUGACGUUGGCCACCAACGACAACUACGCAAAAGGGGCCAUGGUCCUGGGCUGCUCGUUACGAGAGCAUCGCACCACCAGGAAGCUCGUCGCCCUUAUUGGACCUCACGUCACAGAGCCCUGCAGGGAGGCAUUGCAUUCCAUCUUUGAUGAGGUGCGCUCGGUGGACAUCAUGGACUCGGGCGACGCCGCCCAGCUGGCACUGAUGCAGAGGCCCGACUUGGGCGUGACCCUGACCAAGCUACAUUGCUGGACACUAACGCAUUACGACAAGUGUGUGUUCAUGGAUGCCGACACCAUGGCGCUGUCCAACAUUGACGAGCUUUUUGAGCGGGAGGAGCUCUCGGCCGCGCCCGAUCCCGGUUGGCCGGACUGCUUCAACUCAGGGGUGUUCGUUUUCCGGCCGUCUGUCGAAACGCACGAGAAGCUGCUAACCUUCUGCGCAGACAACGGAAGUUUUGACGGUGGCGAUCAGGGCAUACUCAACAGUUUUUUCAACACGUGGGCAACAGCAGACAUAUCCAAGCACCUCCCUUUUGUCUACAACCUCAGUAGCAUCGCCAUCUACUCUUAUCUGCCUGCUUUCAAACACUACGGCCGUGACGCAAAGGUGGUCCACUUCCUGGGUAAGACCAAACCUUGGUGCUACAGCUACGACGCCCAGAGCGGUGAGGUGGUCAACCGUCCGCAGGAUCCCGAGUCGGGACGGCUGCACCCAGAUUAUUUGCAGACCUGGUGGCGGAUGUACGCCACGUCGGUGAUGCCGUUGCUGCAACGGGCCUAUGGUGACCAGCCCUUCAACAGUGGCGUCUUGGAAGCGAGCUGUCAAGAAAAGCUCCAGCAAGACAAGCCCGGGGAUCAGAUGCCAUCCUCCCCAACAAUCGCCCCACCGACCGGCACCGCCCCCUCCCCUCGGCGGGUCUCGUCAGAAGAGCGAAAGCAGCGCUGGGAGGCGGGCCAGAUGGACUACUUGGGCGACGAUUCCUUUGCCAACAUUGAGCGCAAGCUGGACUCCUUUCUCAAGUAGCAUGUAAGGCUGUGACGGACAAAGAGGGGGCUGUAAUGAAUUGAACCUUGACCUACCAGUAUGUAUGCGAGAUGGUGUGAGAGUGCAUUUCCUAAAAUAAAAAGGCAAACAUUUUGGGACAUCACUUUAGCCACGGUGCGCUUGAUUUUAGUCAAUAUUAACACUAAACAUGGAAACAGAAUGGAGUCUUUCAUACAGUGGGAACCGGGGGAGGGAGGGAGGAAGGGCUACAUUUUUUUGUUUGGGUUGCCUAGUAACUGUUCAAGUGAGGGGGGAAAAGUUCAGGACUAAUGAGGGGCACGGUGGCUAACACGUUCAUUGCUAACUUUGGCGGCGCUAGGCGUCCAAUCCUUUUUGACCGGAAGGAGCAAAAGUACGAACGACCUCCCCUCAAGCGCUGUCAAUGGUGAAUAAGUUUGUCCAUGUGUGAAUGGUCGUCAAAAGCACGUCCCCUUCUUUCACUUUCAGCUGCCUUAUUACCGUCGUCACUGUUUUACCCUACUGGCCGACUCCAUUGUGGGACGUUGCCCUCGCCAGCCUAUAAUAGCAAGCAGAAAAAGUCCAAACUUGUCAUUGCACAAACCCCUUGAGGCUAAUAAAAGAUGAGCAACUUAAAAACUUGUUGG